UUAUAUUGUAUACACUUUAUGUAAUCAGAGUUCGUAUUCAAACAUUUAUACAUACCGACUCUGCCUGUGAUUUAAUAGGCCUAUCAUGACUAAUUUUGGUACUGUAUUUUACAUUAAUUUAUCUAUUGUUUAAAAUAAUUAUUGUUCCUUAAACUUUUUUUACCUUAACAAUAACGGUUUUGUAGUAUUACUAUUUUGUUGUUCCUAAAAUAUCCUUACCUUUAGGGAUUAGUAAACCAUAUCAAUUCCUGUUGCCAAUAUGAGUAUUGUUAGUGUCCCUACGUCUGCAUAUGCUGACCAAAAACCUGGCACCAGUGGUUUAAGAAAAAACACCCAAGUAUACCUCACUCAAAAGCAUUACACGGAAAAUUUCAUUCAAUCAAUCUUGCUUAGUAUUGAUGAAAAUGAGAGAAAAGGCUCCACUUUGGUUGUGGGGGGCGAUGGUAGAUAUUACAUGAAAGAUGUAGUUCAAAUUAUUAUUAAAAUGGCAGCUGCGAACGGUGUCGCAAAAUUAGUUGUUGGACAGAAUGGUAUUCUGUCAACACCAGCUGUAUCUUGCCUUAUACGCAAGUAUUCUGCUACUGGUGGCAUUAUACUAACUGCUAGCCAUAACCCUGGUGGGCCCAAUGCUGACUUUGGAAUUAAGUACAACACUUCCAAUGGAGGGCCUGCACCAUCUUCAGUAACCGAUAAGAUUUUUACAAUUUCUAAAUCUUUGGAGUCUUUUCAAACCUGCCCUGAUAUUGAAGUGGAUAUUAGCUCUAUUGGAAGCAAUGCUUUUAAAGUGGGGGGUAGUGAUUUUACCGUUGAUGUGGUAUGCAGUGUUAAAGAUUACGUUGAAAUGAUGAAAGAGAUUUUUGAUUUUGAGUCAAUAAAGUCGUAUGUAACGUCAAAAAAUCUGAAACUUUGUUUUGACUCUUUGCAUGGUGUUAUGGGGCCGUAUGCUGACAAGAUUGUUUGUGGGGAGUUGGGAGCAGAUGCGAGCUCAAUUGUUCAUUCUAUUCCUCUGGAGGACUUUGGUGGAGGACAUCCGGACCCUAAUCUCACUUACGCUAAAGCUCUUAUGGAUAAAAUGAAAAAAGGGGAGCAUGAUUUUGGAGUUGCAUUUGAUGGAGAUGGAGACAGGAACAUGAUAAUAGGAAAGAAUGGCUUCUUUGUGUCACCAUGUGACUCUUUAGCUGUAAUUGCUGCUAAUCAUGAAGCAAUUCCAUAUUUUCGAAAGCAUAAAGUGAGUGGGUUUGCCCGAAGCAUGCCUACAAGUGCAGCUGUGGAUCAUGUAGCCAAGGGCUUUGGAAUGGAGAUGUUCGAGACUCCAACUGGAUGGAAAUUCUUUGGGAACCUCAUGGAUGCUGGGAAAAUUUCGCUCUGUGGAGAGGAGAGUUUCGGAACUGGGUCGGAUCACAUCAGAGAAAAAGAUGGAAUGUGGGCCGCUCUUGCGUGGCUUUCAAUCCUCUCGCAUCGAAAAAUGUCCGCUGAAGAGGUUAUUAUUGAUCAUUGGAAGAAAUAUGGAAGAAAUUGCUUCACAAGGUAUGACUAUGAACAAGUGGAUUCUGAAGCUGCCGGUAAAAUGAUGAAAUCUUUGGAACAGAUGACUGAAGAUCAAAGUUUAGUUGGUUCAACACAGUCUGGUGCUGGAAAAACUUACACUGUACAGUUAAUGGAUAAUUACAGGUACACAGAUCCUAUUGAUAAAAGCAUUGCAGAAAAACAAGGAAUCAGAAUCAUUUUCUCUGACGGUUCACGUUUAGUGUUUCGUCUCAGUGGUACAGGUAGCAGUGGUGCUACAGUACGAAUGUAUGUGGACAGUUAUGUCUCAAGUGAUGAUGCAACACUGGAAGCUCCUGUCGCAGAUGUGCUAUGUCCUCUUGUUGAAAUUGCUUUGAAAAUUUCUCAGAUUCCGGAGCUGACAGGCCGUACAAGCCCUACUGUUAUUACGUAAUGAAUAGAUUAAUAUGUAUUUAUGCAUGCAAAUAGUUAUCUGUGUGGCUAACUUUAUAUAUUGGUGACUUUAUACUCUUUAACUGUGCUUAUCUGCCAAAACAUAUUAUAUUAGGCCUAAUGGGUGUACAUGAAUUGCAGUAUAUAUAUAUGUGUUUAUUUAUUACAGUUGGUCGUUUUUAACCUAUGUUAUUAAUUCAAAAUGAAAGAUUGGUUUUGCACUGUAUUUUGAAAGUUCAAUAAAAGUUAUAUGUUCUGCUGUGCAAUUGAGAAA